CACCCCUUGAUCGUCCACCUGCAGUCAUUCAUUCUUGUCAAGAGGAAUACACUCACAAAACUUGUCAUCUAGCCACCUAGACCAUCGACAUUCGUUCAACAAGGAAACCCGUAAAUCCAUUAAUGAUGAAGUCACUCGUUCAAACACUACUAUUCACGACGGCCACCUGCGCCACCAUACGAUCCAGACAAACUGAUGGUCAAUGUUGCUUUCAACUCGCCUCAGUAGGGAAGGUCAACGAAACUGUGUUGGAGGACCAUGUCGGGGAUUUACUCCUGGGUGGUACCUUUCAACAGGGUGGGUUCUGUCUAGAUAAGACAGCCAAAACUAUACAAGAUAGUUUAAAGCACAAUUGCUUUAUGAGAAGCCCGGAUUACCAGUUCGAAUGUUACCAAGGUGCUGUUGGUACCACUGCAUUCGAAGUCACGAAACCACAGGCAGACGGGAAGUAUUAUCUUACUUAUGAUAACGGUCCCGGUACCUUCUACGCUUGCCCAAUCCCCUCGGGCACAGGCAACGAACAGACCUAUGAUAUUUACUCCUCGGAGAAAGCAAAUAAGGAUGGAUGUGUCCCGGUCGCGUUAGCGCUUACGAAUGAGACACCAGAGUGCGCCACCAGCAGUGUGGCUGGCGAUGCCACUCCGACCCAACCCCAACAGCGCGAGACUUCAUCUCAAACUUGCUCUAUCGCAGCUUCAGCGCCGUCUCUUUCCCCUUAUAAGCUAAAGACCGGAAACUCAUCGACAUCCGCGGAAGCCAAAAUCACACCCAUAAACAGCACAAUAUUCGAUUACACCAUCCCGAAGGACUUCCUCUCCAAGACCGAUUCGAAAUCGUCCCUAUGCGCCCUCCAAUUCCGCAUGCCGGUAUGCACGUCUCUUCCCAAAGGAUACCCUUGCUACAGCUUUAGUGGGCUAGAGCAAGAGUACCUAUCGGACUCCGGGAUGGCGUUUCACCUCGAGUCCGACGACGGUAAUGCGUCGUGGAAUAGCACGGAAGUGCACCAGGUCUUCCCGGGAGAUAACACUAUCAUCGGUACUUUCGAGUGCGGGGAGAAGGCCGACCGUAAGAUGAGCUGGCAUGUAAGCAGCGUUAGGGAGUUCGCCCUCGAGUUCCUGCAGGCUGGCGUUGGCGAAAACGCUGAGUUUCAGGAUGGGAUUGGCGCCUGGAUUGUCCCUUGCCAGUGAGAGGUUGAAGGACCGGUUUGCGUGAGGUAGGCAUGGAAUAUUGCUUGCUUCACGUGGGAGAGCAUACUAUAUCAGGACUCAUGUGUCUUCUGGCUUUGGGGGAAUGCACGGUAGUGCGUAAUGAGUUGAAUGCUGAUGGGAUCAGUGGCCGCAAAAGGCUUUGAUACAUAGGAAAUAAUACAAAAAACUGAUUAUAGAUGCUUAGGUACCUACGUUUAAGGUCUCAUCGUAAGUUGCACGCCGAAAGAGUCAUUGAAACAUCCUAUCUCGG